AUGAUUGAGGUGACACCUAGGCAAACAAAAUACAACAGUGACACCUGGUUGACGAAGCAUGCUGGUGACACAUGGUUAAAUGUGAAGUGGUACGAUAUAUAUAUCUACACUCCAAUUGAACGUUUCACGUCCCCAGUGGUGUCGCGAAUUCCUCGUUACAUUACAUUCGGAGAGCACCAGUAUGUGGUGUUUAGUGCCAACAUAGUAUCCUGGGUGAGAACUCUACUGGUAGUACCAAUUGCUAUUUAUUUGAAGUGUGGUCAUUUUUCAACAUGCUUCUGGCUGGUCAUUUUGCAUGACUAUCUUGACCAUGUGGAUGGUAUAGUAGCCAGGGUUCAGCGAGAGCACUAUGGUCCUGUUGACGACCCAAUUUUGGGUGGUUUCAUGGAUGCAUUCUGUGAUAAGAUUGUCAAUGUAUUUGCACUGUGGACUAUCCUACUGGUGUCGGACUUCAGCCUGCUGACCCCUGCCCAGUGUUGGGUUCUUUUCUUGUCCUGUGCAGUCAUCAUAGUCUAUGAAUUCACACUAGGUGUAGUCAGAGUUCAGGACUACUUCCAUGCCCACUAUGCCAGGUUGAACAAAAAAUUCAAGAAGCAGCAGCCGUUUGCUACUGCGGCAGUAAUGGAGGGCAAACUGAAGGAGAAGCUCGAAUCCCUCGGCAUCGCUUUCCUGGCUCUGGCGCAGGGAGCACAUGGAGUGCUGAACUGUUGGUCUGGAGUUGCCGGAGUGGUCUGCCUCAUACUUAGCAUUCGUCUGGCACAUGCCAGUUUGAGCAGAAAGUUAGAGGCUCGCACAAAGGAAACCAAAGGGAACAAGUCACACCACAAAAUUAAUGCCAGUUUAGCUGCAAUUGAUCUUCAUGAGAAAGAGGGAUGCUCCCACCGACCCCUGUAUAACGAUGAUGGGUCUAAGAAAGUUUAUCACAGAAAGAAACGUCCAGACGGAAAGCACAAAAAGAUUGAGGAAAGUGAAGAUGUUUUCAGAGGUAAAGAUCAGGAAGGGGCCACAGAAAACUUCUCACAACUGACUUACAGCCCAGGCAAUACAGGGGUGUCCACCUUUGAGUCAGAGACAGACACUGAGGCUGACACCAGGAAGUUCAACAGGUGGAAGACCGGAACCAAAAUGGAGGACCAAAGGUCAGUCAGCGCACAAGUUAAACCAGAGGAUUUCAUUAAUGAUGAGUCAGGCAAUUCCACCACAAGUAAUGACUCAGCAUUUGUUAAAGAUGAGAAGGAAUCUGAUAAGUCAAGUGGAAGUGGGAGCAGUGGAAAGAAAGGAAAAUACUCAACAGGGUCUGACACGGAGGAGGAUGAGAAGGCCCUCUACCGCAUCCGGCGUCGCUCCCUGCCAAACAUAGAUAUAGAUGGCAGGGUGGACAAGGUGUACUCCAUUGGUUGUUUUGAUCUGUUCCAUAGGGGGCAUGUGGCAAUACUGCAGAAGAUGAGAAAUAUGGGUAAACAGGUUAUAGUUGGUGUUCACGACAGCCGCAGCUACUAUAAACUGAAGAACAAAGUCCCCAUUGACCCAAUAGAAAAGCGCAUGUUGAAUGUAAAGCAGUAUGCAGAUGUGGUCUACUGCAUUACCAGCACAGAUCCCUCCAACUUCAUCUCGUGUAUUGUGCACCUGUGUGAGGGGGAGACCGCCCUCUACAUCCGCGGGGAUGACAUGCAAAACUUCCCCUCCCGCCACGUGGUGGAGGCCCUGAUGCCAAUACGCUUCCUGCCCUAUACGCAAGGUGUGAGCAGUACCAAGAUCCGUAAAGAACUGUUUGCCAGGAUCAGGAGAGAUAGCAAUGAGUGGCUGAGUGACGGAGCAGUCUGAAUGAAAGUCGCUGACAUUAUUAGGUGACGAUACAGGUGUCCUUUGAGUGAAAAUGAUUAUUAUAUCACAUGUAUAUAAAUAUAUACCAGUAUACAAGUAUAAUAAAUUAUGGCUCUUGCAUUUGGUAUUUAUCUAUAAUUUAUACAAUAGCAGAUUCAGAAGAACUACCUGCAGCAGUCUGCAUAUGAGUAUAGGAAAUACUUGCUGCUGCUCGCUUCUAGUCCAUGUCUUUUGGCUUGUGCUAGUCUUGCUAUGAUCAUCAUUUUUACAUGAUUUUAUCAAAUGCUUUUCACGUGUGAUGUAUUUCUAUAAGCACUGUGGCCAGUCUGAAGUUUUUUGUUUAAAUUACUGAAUAGAAAAAAAAUAAUCGGUAUACAAGGUAUAUUGAAGUACACAUUUCAAAAUAAUUUAAAGGUCUUUGCUCAAAUUAAUUAGAAUACUGGUAUGUGACAGUGUUAUUUGAAAGCAGGUUGUGACCUUAAUUUUACUGGUUUUCAUGACUAAGUUUUUUCUCAAUCAGGGGUCAUACUGUUAUGUGUUGUUUACAAAUGAUGUAAAAAAUAUAAAACUAUUCAAUACAUGUACAUUUCAUUUACAGU